UGUCAAUUUAAAUGCCAAAGGUAUGAGAGCAUAACUCCAGCACCAUGGUUUUCAUUAUGAUUAGGACCAAAAUAAUAGUGUAGAUUUAUUAUUAUUUCUUAUUGUGGAACUCCUUGUGUAAUAUUAACUCUUUCUAGUAUAAAUAUAUCUGUCAGGGCUACCAUUAAGGUUAAGCCUGGUAUUAUUUCUCACAUGGUAUCAAGAGCCAAUUUCUAAAAUCCCUAAUUUUUUUCGGCUACGAUGACUUCUACGCCAACCUCUUCCGCCGCCGCUGAGUCCUCUGAGCCGGCCACAAUUUCAGCCACUGCCCAGAUGACGUCGCCGGCCUUCUCUUCGUCUCCAGCAACUCAGCCUCUAUCUUCUGCUGCUUCAAUCUCGCAGCAGGCCUCCAGUCUGUCUUCUCAAACGAUGGCUGCUUCAACAACUCUUCCCUUCAUGUCAAUGGACCCUGUUAUCUCUCAAACCUGGAUGCUGCCUCCUCUUACGACGAAAUUUAGCGCCUGGAAUCCUUCCCUCUUUACUUGGACGCCGACACAGCCCUCAGUCCGUCCACCAGUGCAGCCCGUCCUCUCUACUGGCAGAAGUUUUCUUCCUCCCAUGGAAUCUGCCUCCAAUUUUGCUGGUCCUACAUUUGCAGGAGCACCAGGUAUUGCACCACUCUCCUCUCCUAGGCCAAUUGCUCCACGAAGUACUGCUGCCAACACCAGUUCUAUUCUUAAUGAAUUAGUUAAGAGUAUUGGAUUUUCUGCCCUUAAUAUUACCAACGUUGUGACCACCAAAUUAGCUGCGGUAGAGGAUUACCAAUAUUGGCGUACUCAAUUUGAGUCUUUUCUGCUCUCCAAUGGUUUUUUGGGAAUUUUAGAUGGUUCGAUUCCUGCUCCCCCUCCCUAUAUUUUUGAUGCGUUUCAUCUUGGGACAAUUAAUCCGGACUAUUGUAAUUGGUUAAAACUUGAUCAAACGGUGCGUUCGUGGCUAUUUGCCACUUUGUCUCGAGAUGACUUAAAGAAUGCUUCUGCUAUUUGGAGUCGGUUAGAGUCUCAUUUUAUGUCUGCUAGUCUUGCCCGGUCCAUGGAAGUAAAACGCCAAUUGACUACCUCUCGGAAGGGACCUAAUCAGUCUAUGGAGCAUUAUCUCAGAGACAUUAAGAUUAUUGCUGAUAACUUAGCUUCGAUUAAUGAUCCUGUUGCUCCUCGUGAACUAUUUAAAACUAUUUUGAUGGGUCUGGGACGAGACUAUGAGUCUCUUAUUACCUCAGUUGGUCUAUUUCCGGAGAGCUUCACCUUUGAAAGACUACGCAACUGUUUGAUUGAAAAGGAGCAAACUAUACAGUAUAUGCGUACUCUAGAAGAGCCUCCGCAUGCCCAAGCAUUUGCGGUCCAAGCUCAGGCUGCCGGGCAGCCACCUCCCCACGGCGGGCAGCAGCAACGUGGGAGAGGUUAUCGCGGUAGGGGCGGUCGUGGACAGCGGGGCAGAGGGGGCCGUGGACAGCGUGGCCGUUUUUAUGCCCCACAUCAGCAUGGUUAUGACUUUCCUCCUCCGAUGGGCUACGGUUACCCCCCUCCUGGCUAUGUUCUAGGGGGUGCACCUCAUGCGGGCAUUCUUGGGGCUCCAGGCUCAGCAGGUAUAUCUGUUCAGUCACAUGUUUAUACUUAUGCCUUAUCUGCUUCUUGUACUAACCGUGGAUAUGCAGGCUUUUCAUCUGUUGAAGGGAACUCUGUUCCUCCUCCUGUAGUUUGUCAAAUUUGUUAUGCCCCAGGUCAUCCCGCCUCUACUUGUCCGUCCCGUUUUGUUCAGCCGGCUGCACCUGCUCUCGCUGCUCAGGCUCCUGAUGCUACUGACAUUGUGUGGUAUCCUGACUCAGGUGCCUCUGCUCAUAUGACUCCUCAUCCAGGACAAAACUACGGGGGCGGUUCUACUUCGAGCGGUCAGUGAUAAUGGUGUCUAUCCUGUUCGUCAGCCUGCACUUCCACUUGUUGCCCUUUCUGCUGCUUCUGUUUCCCUUUGGCAUAAUAGAUUAGGACAUUGUGGUACUCGUGUUUUAGAUCAACUUAGAAUUAAUAAUUUAAUUUCUGGCACUUCUGCUUCUAUUUCUGAUUGUAUUCCUUGUCGUUUGGGAAAAUCACAACGGUUACCUUUUAAUAAAGUUUUUCACAACAGUCCGUGUGCUUUAUAUUUAAUCCAUUCUGAUGUUUGGC